AAGAGAAUCGCCUCCCGAAUCCGACAACUCAUUCAAGUCGCUUAUACUCGCUCCCUCAGACCCUCCUGCCUCGUCCAGUCACACUUCACACGCGAGGAGUACCACACUACGCGUGCUUUGGGGAGACUAUGAGGUUGACAUUAGUGUGACAAUACAAAUAUAUAGGUGCCAAGAUGUCAGCCGAAGCCGAAGUCAGCAGCGUCCGUCCCAACCCCUACAUCUUCGACAUAGAAAACAGAAGGAAACGAAGACCCAGGCUUGCCCAUGAGAUCGGAGCCGGAGCCAAGUGCAAGAAAUGCGGGGAUAAAUGUCCUGGGUUUGAACUACAUUUUUGGAGGAAGUUAUGCAUGAACUGCCGCUGCGGUAUAUAUGAUCAUGAAGUUGAAGAGGAUGAUGAAGACAUUGGACGGAUAGUCAUUGGCAAAUUGUUUGACCGGCCGCCUCGCACCAAGAAAGAAGAGCUGGAGUACUGCCAUGGAAACAAUUUGGAGAUGAUCAAUGAAGAGACAGGAAAGGCAGAGAAUGUCAAGUUUGACUGGGUGCCGCCAAAUGUGGAGAAGUCUCUGGCUUCAAGAUACAUGUCUUUGAUUCCUGUGGAGAAGAGGCCCAUUGCUGGCACUGAGGCAGCUAAAGAACGCAAACGUCAGCUUGAGCAGCAGCUGCCCCUGUAUGACAUGGAUGCUGCACAGCGUUGUGAUAACUUGCCUCCUGAGGAGUUGCAGAGCUUCCAUGCUUACCUCGAACGCAUCAAGACCCAAGUGGCUGGACAAGGCAUGGUGCAGGAAAUUGUUGGAGCACCAGUUUCAAUGGCACAGCCACUGCACUCUCAGAGGAUGCCUGGCUCUAAUGCUCCACUGAUGACAGGUGAUAUUGAUGCUAAUGGAAACAUUGGAUAUCACCCUGAUUCUUCAAUGGGUCAGAUGAUGCCCCCUGGUUCCUACAUGCCACAAGAUAACACCCCAGGCUCACAGGGACAAUAUAGUGGCCCAACAGGCAACCAGAAUGAUAACCAGGGUAACAUCAACGUGAAUGAUCCACGCCAGCAGUUCCUGGGUGGAAUGAUUGAGGAGCCUUACCUAAAUGUGACCAGCAGGCCAGAGGAUCCAGUACACAGCGAGGCUUAUGGUGGGAAGCUUGGCACCAGCAGGCCCCUCACAAGCUUGGCAAGGAACCAGCCUCUAGAUAAUGUUACAGCUGGGAUGGCUAACCUUCAAGUGCAACCACAGGGACAGGGAACUGAACAGGGCUACAUCCCAGGCCAGGAACAGAUUCCUGGUCAGCCUGGCUAUGUACCAGGACAGCCAGGAUAUAAACCAGGUCAACCUGGCUCUCCAGGUCAACCAGGUUAUACAUCAGGACCCGCUGGUUCUCAGCCAGGUCAACCAGGAUAUGCUCAAGGACAGCCAGGUCAACCAGGAUAUGCUCAAGGUCAGCCAGGCCAACCAGGAUAUGCUUAUGGCCAGCCAGGUCAACCUGGAUAUACCCAGGGCCAGCCAGGUCAACCUGGAUAUACACAGGGCCAGCCAGGUCAACCCGGAUAUACCCAGGGCAAGCCAGGUCAACCCGGAUAUACCCAGGGCCAGCCAGGUCAACCUGGAUAUACCCAGGGCCAGCCAGGUCAACCUGGAUAUACCCAGGGCCAGCCAGGUCAACCCGGAUAUACCCAGGGCCAGCCAGGUCAACCAGGGUAUGCUCAUGGACAACCAGGUCAACCAGGAUACAUGGCAGGCCAGCCGGAUCAACCUGGGUAUGUUCAGGGGCAACCAGGUCAGCCAGGGUAUUCACCAGAAAAGGGAAUGCAGCAACAGAUGCCUCGGAUGCCAGGGAACAUCACAGCAGUGGAAGCAACUCAAGCUCCUUAUGGUGCACGUGUGGACACCCUUACAGGUGGGUCUUGCAUUGCUCCAGGGCAAGAUGUGAAUGUGCUCUUCCCAGGGGAAAGUCAGAUCAUCGGCUCCCAGCCAGGCAGCACCACCCCUGCGGGACAGAAGAGCAAGUUCUCCUGCCAGUAUUGCAGCCUCCCCAUGAAUGUCGGAGAUGUAGCCAUUUUCUGCGAGCGAGCAGGGCAAGAUAAGUGCUGGCAUCCUGCUUGCUUCUGCUGCUUUACAUGCAAAGAGUUGCUGGCUGACUUGAUCUACUUCUACAAGGAUGGGAAUGUGUUCUGCGGACGUCACUUCACCGAUGCUGCAGAAAUGCCGAGAUGCAGAGCUUGUGAUGAGCUGAUUUUUGGCAACUCAUGGACGAGGGCUGAUGGAUAUGACUGGCAUAUCCACCACUUCAGCUGUUAUAUGUGUGAUUUGGAAUUGGCUGGACAGCGCUAUGUUCCGGACAAAGAUGGAUAUCCAUAUUGUCUUCCCUGCUACAUGGCUUGCUUAGCCAAGAUGUGUGAGGCCUGCGAAGAGAAGAUAUCCCCUGAGAUGAAUCGCUGCGGCCAUCGAGGGUAUUUCUACCACGCCACUCCCCAGUGUUUCAAAUGCUACUCCUGUAAGCAGCCGCUGAUGGGUAAACGUUUCAAAAUGUCCAAGAAUUGGGUUUUCUGCUCCAACGAGUGCAUUGAAGUGGCCGCGGAAGCCUUGGCUGUUAAUCCGAACCCCAAAAUAAAGCCAGAGUAAUAAAGCAGGGGGGGUUUAUUGUCACUUUUUGCUUAAAUACAGUGAAAAAAAGUAUUGCUUUAUAAUGAGAAAGGAUCCAAAACACACUACAUUCUAGGUAAGGGAUUUUUUUUUUUUUACCCUGUCUCUCGCUUUGUGAUGAUACAUGUGAUACUUACUACUUACAUUGAUAGAUGAUGCAUAAGGAUGGUCCAGUAAUUAGUAUUUCAUAAUUAAGUUUAAUGACAACAUUGAUUGUGAUAGGGUUGACAUUGAUUACCUCUACAAACCACAGGUUGUUUUGGUUGCAAUAUUAUGUAGAUUUUAUAUGAUAGAACCAAAGCUAUAGGAUACAACACUAAGGUCACAUGCUUCCAAAAGUGCAAUAGUAUCUUAUGAACUUGGUGAUUCAUUGAUUAUUUUUUUGGGGGGAAAAAAAAAAAAAUCAAAAUUAUAAAUUAAAAUGCAGCAUCAGUUCUUAGUUUGUUUGUUUUUUGUUCAGUUAUGUUGCUUUAUUAUUGUUGUUGUUAUCUUUGUGUCAGUAUUAUUAUUAACUUGGUAUCAGUGUUUCUAUUAUUGUCAUUGAUAAUUUUAUCAUUAUUAUUAUUGUUAUUAUUAUUAUUAUUAUUAUUAUUAUUAUUAUUAUUAUUAUUAUUAUUAUUAUUAUUAUUAUUAUUAUUUUAUUAUUAUU